UUUUGCUGGGAUAUUUUGUACUUUGCUUGCAAUUCCCGUGGAAAUCAAGCUUGGAAUGGCAACAGCAGCUUAUCAAAUUGAGGGUGGAUACAACUGUGAUGGUAUACGUCAGGUUUGCGUCAGUUCAUUUACAAGAGUAUUGAAAAACUGUGGCGACAAGAGUUUUUGCGACACGGAGUUAUUUGAAUGGUACUUGGCAACACGGCACUGCAAAUACUGCGACACUGGCUGUGUUCAAACAAUUUUCACCUUUAAAAGAUACAUGUUAAUAAUACCACACAAGAGAACGGUGUCUUUCUGCAUCCUUCCACAAAAGAGAGGGGCACCUGGAUCAUUCUCUGACUCUGAUGUUUUGCGAUUGGGGACCUGCAUAGCAUAUAUGGGUACCUAA